AUCAUAAAAAAUUCGUUAACGGUAAACUCCCUUGAAAACUGUCAACAACAACAAAAUCUCCAAGACCAAGUCCGAGAUUAUCUUCUGCUGUUUGCCAGUCUAUUCACGAAUACCGGACUUUAUUCAUGAGGAUCAGUUUACCCACAAUUGAAGCGGGAAAAAUGGCGAAAAUUGAAAGUAUUGUGAACACAUUUGUGUCAAUGAUGGAGAAUUUGGCGAAUCUGAUUGUGCCGCUGAUUCCUGGCCAGAAACGGAUGUUGCUCCUCGCCAACAAGAGCGGCGUAGCUUUCUACUUCGUUGUGUCAGUUAUUGUGUUCUACGUCAGUACGUUCGUAAUCUUUCCAUUCAACCACAGGAUCGAAAUGAAUGAUCCUACCAUUGACUCGAAUGCAUCAACGCCCAUUUCGACAUGGAUCCUGAGUUUUUGCAUGGGCAACAUGAUGCUGAAUUAUUUGCGAGCAAUUUUCAACCCGCCAUUUUACGAUGCAGGGCAACUGAAAGUGCCAACGGCCGAAGGAGGGAAAAAUUGGGGAUAUUGCGUUCCUUGUCAGCAGUAUGUUCCUCCCCGAGCCCACCAUUGUUCCGUCUGUAACCAGUGUGUCCUGAAGCGAGAAUCACACUGCUUCUUCUUGGGGAACUGCGUCGGUCACAUCAACCAGGGAUUUUUUGUCGUCUUCCUCUUCUACACUGCCCUCUCAAGUCUAUUCGCACUUCUCCAUUUGGGCAUGUACUUCCAUCAUGUCAUCGGACCGAUCGUUUCCUUGAGGAUGCACCAUUACCUUGUCCCGGUUGCGACCUAUCAAUGUUUCAUGGGCUAUUUCACAGUAACGGACUAUCUCAUGCUGUUACUAUUCUACAACAUGCUGAUGAUUGGUCUUGGCUGCAGCGUUCUCUUUUUCAAACAGAUCAGCCUUAUCCUGCAGGGUCAGACGAGUUAUGAAGCAGCAAAAAAGGUCAACCUGUAUGACAGUGGUGCCCAUUUAAAUCUUCAGGAUGUCUUUGGGAGGUAUUGGUGGGUUCGUUUCAUCAUACCUAUCAAGUUUUCUCAACCAGUAGAUGGCAUCAAGUGGAGCAGGGUCAAGGAUAUCAAACGAUACUGAAGUUCUUGAUAAAAUAGUUAUUCCAAGAUGUUCCUUUUUUCUCAAGAAGUCUGGAAACAAACAUACCAUAAGCCAUCUAGACCAUAUUUACUGAAGACAUUACUGACUUUUGGAGUUUGGACAAGCAAAUGAAGAAAGAUGACUUUCUAUGUCUAUAUCUAACUUUUAUUUCACUGAUUAAGGUUGAGAAGUAAAUUUUGUUGAUUUAGUCACUUACUAAGUGACUUGCAUACAUGUCUUGUCAGCAAAGUAUGCUCCGAUUUUAUUGAUAUUGUUUUGUAAAUUUAUACAAAGUAAGAGGUUAUUUUCUUUGUAUUAUAUUUGUAAAUGCAUUGGUACAUUUAUCUUGUCUUUCAUUCAUACAACAUUCCUGAAAUACUCUAAGCAGUACACCACAUUUAUUGUUAGAUAUCAUAGGUCUCCUGAAAAGUGAAAUAUAAUUAAUGGUAUAAAUCAAGUGACUGAUAGUGAUACAAAUUACUAUCCAGGGCUUUGAUUAAUCCAAGGCUGUUGAAGGCCAAGGUUGUGGAUAAUAAUAAUAGCUGGAUUUAUAAAGCACUUUUUGCCAGAGGAUACAAAGCACUGCUAUUAUUACCCCGGCUUUAGCUCAAACUACCAUCACCGGACGCUCAGUGCAUGCAAGGAAUUACUCCUGCCGGGUACCCAUUCAGUGUGGAUGAAUUUCUUGCUGAAGGAAAACACCAUAGUUACUAUUCGAACCCAUGACCCUUUAUUCAAAGGCGAGCGUCAGAACCACUAGACCAAGAUGCACCCACAUGCCCUGUUGGCUUUACUUGGUGCACCUCCUAAUUGGCAUUGGAGACAUACCCUUUUUAUUUUUCCCAUUUGUACAGCAAUAUAAAAAUGUGGCCUAUAGAAAAUUGGGCUUGCCCUAAGUAUAUCAAAUUAGAAGUCCCUGACUUUCCCACAUGGUACAUUAUACAUACCAGUACAUAAGAAACAACAGAAUUAUCCUCCAUGAAUAUUUAUUGAUUGUCCAUCAUCAUUAAAGAGCAAAAGGGCCAAUGGAAACUGUUUGAAAUUCUACAGAUCAGGAGAAAAUUGUCAUUUGACUUGUUUUGAUCUUAUUUUAUUAUACUUUUUACUUGAAUAUGCUCUGUUAAAUUCUGAAUUUACAAUUAACUUUUCAGUCAGAUAAGUUUGUACACACACCAGAAGUGCCUGAUUUUUCAAAUUUGAAUAAGAAUAAGAUAAAGCCUUGGAUUUCUUUUUCAAAGAUGAAUUUAUUAUGUGAUGAUGGAGUGAAUUCAAAUUCAUGUUGUUUUUAGAAUGAAAAAUCUAAAAUUAUGCAUCUUGAUUUGGAAUUUGAAAAAGAAAGUUCUUGAAAUUUAGUUUAUUAAAUUCAAAUGUCAAAUAAAUUAGUUGAUCUAUGAUAUUAUUUAUACCAUGUGUUUUUUCAAUCAGAAAUUCAAGAGGUUUUGUUAAUGAAUUACUGCUGGAUUACAAUUAAUUUUCAUUUUCUCAAGGCUGAUCUAUUUAGGUCUAUAGAUAUUUUUAAAACAUGAUCUGAGCUAUACAAAUACAUGUGUCAUUUAUCAAUUAUGAGUGAUUAAGUCACAUUUAUGAUUAAACAACAAUAUUCAGGGUUUUUGUUGUUUGAUGCACUUACAAAUUGGGCUAUUAACAUUGUUUAAUGCUUAUGAUGUUUGUAUCUUUGUGCAAUCAAUAGGGCCUGAGUCUACAUGUAUCUCAAUGGUCUUAGGGGUAAUUAUAAAAGGUAUUAUUCAUCCCAUAUCAGGUCUACAUUAUAAUUUUUUUAUAUGAUGUAGACAUUAGGGUGUGUUUUUUGUGCAAUCAAAUGACUCUUGCUGAUCAAACAUAUUGACUGGAAAAAGAAAAUGGAAUUGACCUUUAAUUUGAAUAGACCUAAGAAAAGAAGUUUAAAUGGACACAUGUUGUGGACAGGAUGCUAUGCACACAGACAUUGUACUGUUUAUUUUUUUUAAAUAAAAUACAUACAGAGUUGUGACAUUUUUUCAUCUCAGUUCAUGCAUGAUGUGCACACACUGCACUUUCCUUGGAUAUCUUUGUUGACCAAACAUCCUUUCUCCUUCACGUAUUUUGUUUCAAAUUCUCUGUACUCAUAUAAAUUGAAAGACAAUUUUCAUAAUAUAUGUUUUCAUGUAUUUGGAAUAAAUGUUUGAUCUUUAGAAUUCUUGACUUUAUUCUCUAUCAAAAUAUUCUUAAUUUUUUUGUGACUAAUGUCCCAUUAUUCUACCCAUCAUUUUUUGGGGAACCCCCAUCCUCAUUCACGAUUGUGGGAUGGAUUUGUAAAAUUCACAGAUGGAAAUGCCUUGAAUUGACGAUGCAAAUUAUACUAUUUGUAAAAAUUCCUUUUACAUGAAAUCUUUUGAUAUCUAUAACUUUGUAUCAUCUUUUGUAUAGUUGACUAUAGUACUUUUUUUGCAGUUUAUCCAGUGAUUCUAUACACUUUGUUAUUCUUUGUUAUCUACUAACAGAAAGCGUUCACAAUCUUGUAAUCUGUUUCAUAAAAAUAGUGACUUUUGAUGAUUAACACUUUCUAAUUCUGGUGUAUCACAUAUUUAUUUGACGAUAUGUUUGAAAAUGACUGAGUUUGUGUGUUGAGUGUUGAUUAAAGUUUGCUUUUGAAAGUCA